AUGUCUCCUUCUCUGACCGCUACGUUUCCUUCACUGACCGCUACAUUUCCUUCACUGACCGUUACGUUUCCUUCACUGACCGCUACAUUUCCUUCACUGACCGUUACGUCUCCUUCACUGCCGUUACGUUACGUCUCCUUCUCUGACCGUUACAUUUCCUUCACUGACCGUUACGUCACGUCUCCUUCUCUGACCGUCACGUCUCCUUCACUGACCGUUACGUUUCCUUCUCUGACUGUUACGUCUCCUUCACUGACCGUUACGUCUCCUUCUCUGACCGUUACGUCUCCUUCUCUGACCUUCAUGUUUCCUUCUCUGACCGUUACGUCUCCUUCACUGACUGUUACGUCUCCUUCACUGACCGUUACGUCUCCUUCUCUGACCGGUACGUCUCCUUCACUGACUGUUACGUCUCCUUCUCUGACCGCUACAUCUCCUUCUCUGACCGUUACGUCUCCUUCACUGACCGUUACGUCUCCUUCUCUGACCGGUAUGUCUCCUUCACUGACUGUUACGUCUCCUUCUCUGACCGCUACGUCUCCUUUACUGACCGGUACAUCUCCUUCUCUGACCGUCUCCUUCUCUGACCGUUACGUCUCCUUCUCUGACCGUUACGUCUCCUUCUCUGACCGUUACGUCUCCUUCACUGACCGUUACGUCUCCUUCUCUGACCUUCACGUCUCCUUCUCUGACCGUUACGUCUCCUUCACUGACUGUUACGUCUCCUUCACUGACCGUUACGUCUCCUUCACUGACCGUUACGUCUCCUUCACUGACCGUUACGUCUCCUUCACUGACCUCCCUUCUCUGACCGUUACGUCUCCUUCUCUGACCGUUCCUUCACUGACCGUUACGUCUCCUUCUCUGACCGUUACGUCUCCUUUACUGACCGUUACGUACGUCUCCUUCUCUGACCGUUACGUCUCCUUCACUGACCGUUACGUCCUCUCCUUCUCUGACCAUUACGUUUCCUUCACUGACCGUUACGUCACGUCUCCUUCUCUGACCGUUACGUCUCCGUCUCUGACCUUCAUCUCCUUCUCUGACCGUCACAUCUCCUUCUCUGACCGUUACGUCUCCUUCUCUGACCGUUACGUUACGUCUCCUUCUCUGACCGUUACGAUUCCUUCACUGACCGUUACGUCUCCUUCUCUGACCGUUACGUCUCCUUUACUGACCGUUACGUCUCCUUCUCUGACCGUUACGUCUCCUUCACUGACCGUUACGUCUCCUUCUCUGACCGGUACGUCUCCUUUACUGAACGUUAUGUCUCCUUCACUGACCGUUACGUCUCCUUCUCUGACCGUUACGUCUCUUUCUCUGACCGUUACGUCUCCUUUACUGACCGUUACGUCUCCUUCACUGACCGUUACGUCUCCCUUCUCUGACCGUUACGUCUCUUUCCUGACCGUUACGUCUCCUUUACUGACCGUUACGUCUCCUUCUCUGACCGUUACGUCUCUUUUCUCGACCGUUACGUCUCCUUUACUGACCGUUACGUCUCCUUCUCUGACCGUUACGUCUCCUUCUCUGACCGUUACGUCUCUUUCUCUGACCGUUACGUCUCCUUUACUGACCGUUACGUCUCCUUCUCUGACCGUUACGUCUCCUUCUCUGACCGUUACGUCUCCUUCCGUUACGUCUCCUUUCUGA